UUGCAGAAAAGAGAGGGAGAGAGAAUGGAGAAUGUUCGAUGCCAGAGGAUCGGAUGUGACGCUAUGUUUUCCGAAGACGAUAAUCCCGAUGGUGGUUGUACUUACCAUGAUGCUGUAUGUACAUCUCUCUCUCUCUCUCUCUCUCGGUCGCUCGUUUGGUUGGUUGAAGAGAGCGUACUUGUUAGCUGUAAAGGUUUCAGGGCAGUUACUUUCAACUGUGGAAUUGUCGUGCUGUGCGAAAUCUUUGUUUUUGGUGAAUGGUUUCUUAUUUGUUUAUAAAGGUGCCAAUAUUUCAUGAUGGGAUGAAAGAAUGGAGUUGUUGCAAGAAAAGGAGUCAUGAUUUCAAUUUAUUUUUGGAGAUUCCUGGUUGCAAGACAGGGAAGCACACAACUGAAAAACCAGUGCUCGCCAAGGCAGCUGCAGCUCCAAAGAAGCCAGUUUCUGCUCCAAAUCCCACAACCAAUUCAUCUUCAAAGGAGACUUGUCCCAGGUGCCGCCAAGGAUUUUUCUGCUCCGACCAUGGUUCACAUGCGAGAGAAUCAAAUCCGAAACCUGCGGUGGAUGCAUCUAGCAAAAGCAAUGCAGAUACGCAAGAAGCCCGUCCAUCUCAAACAAAGAAGAUAGUUGAUAUAAACGAACCUCAAAUCUGUAAAAAUAAGGGAUGCGGUAAAACUUUUAAAGAGAAGGAUAAUCAUGAGACUGCAUGCAGUUACCACCCUGGACCGCCUGUUUUCCAUGACAGGAUGAGAGGGUGGAAAUGCUGCGACAUUCAUGUUAAAGAAUUUGAUGAAUUCAUGAGCAUACCACCGUGCACAAAGGGAUGGCACAACGCUGAUCCGGUCUCGUGAUACAAUCGUAGAACUUCCAAGGUUUCUUUUCUUUCUCCGAUUAAAAUCCCUUGUAAUAUGAAUCAUUUUGCUGCUGUUCAUGAUCAUGUAUCCUUUCCUAUCAAUAUCUUCACCUUGAACUAGUGACGAUCAGUCUUCAGCAUCAUUUAACCUCCCUGUUCAUAUUUUCUAGUGAUAACUCAUUUACAGUAGUGCAAGACCAGAAAUAAACUUCUCGUGGCUAAUGCUAGCAGCAAGCCAUCACCA